AUGGACGCGAUCGUCAUUCCAGCCGACAACGUCCCCGCGGACCUCCGCCCCAUCGAGCAGACGCUCAAACGCGCCGCAGAGCUCAAGAAGGUCGACCCUGUAGUGUCUUAUUGGUGCUGCUUCUGGGCGGCGCAGAAGGCGCUCAAGAUCCCCAACCGGUCGCGGGAGGGCACCUCGUUCCUCAUGCGCGUCCUCGACGCGCUCGAAGAGAUGAAGGCCGCGCUGGGAGACAACGAAGCGGUCACUAACGAAGCUGUUGGCAGCGCGCACGUCGAGAGCUUUGCCCUCAAGGUGUUCUUGGGUGCGGAUAACGCCGACCGCGCGGGGGACUUCAGCAAAGCGACGAUCCGCAAAUUCGUCGUCGCCGGCCAGUUCAUCGACGUCCUCAACGCCUUCGAGACCGGCAUGUCAGAGGAGAUGUCGCAGAAGGCGAAGUACGCGAAGUGGAAGGCCGCAGAUCUUGCCAAGUGCCUGCGCGAAGGCCGCACACCCGUCCCCGGCCCACGUGAGUAUACCUAUGGCACAUCUAACUCCAGCCGUGGACCCGAUGGAGGCCGAGCUCGCCGCCCUCGCGGGCGACGUGGGCGACGCGGGCGACGCGGAGCGGCGUGA